CCUGUGGUGCAAACUGCCCCCCCGCUCCCCUCCCUGGGUCCCCGUCCUCCCGCUUCCGGCUUCCUAGCCAGUCUUUCCUCUUUCAGGCUCCGACGAAAGGCCGGGUUUCCGGGGGGAAGGCUUAGGCGGUGACACCGAGCCCAGCCUCCUCCUCCACCCCCCACCACACUCGGGUCCCCCCUCCCUCCCCGCCACCACCGUCCGCGUUCGGCCGGCCGUGGGGAAGGAAGAAAGGAGCCAAGGAGGCCAGCCUCCAACCCACCGCUGCUCUCCUGACCGCUCUGCUUGCACCCUCUCUGCCUCUGGGUCUCCAAGUCUCUUUGUUUCCUCUUCUCUGUGUCUCUGUCUCUCUGCUGGGUGCUCCUCGCUCUCCUCCCUCUCUUCUCUGCUCUGCGGUUCACCACCCUGCCUUUCUGUGUCUCCUGGUCUCUGUCCAUUUGCACUUGUCUGUGUCUCCCAUCUCUGCCUUCCCCUGUCUCUGUUCCCUGCUCUGUGUCUGAUCUCUGUCUUUCUUCCUAUCUCCCCAUCUCUGCCUCCUCGCCUCCGUGUCUCUCACCUUUGUCUCUGUCUCAGAUCUCUCUCCCCUGGCUGAAUACCUGGCCCUCUCUGCCUCUUUAUCUCCGACUGUCUGUCUCUGCUUCUCUCUCUGCCACACCCCACGCACUUCUCUUUAUCUCUGCCCCCUUCCCAUCUCUCCCUCUCUGCCCACAGGCAUGGAUCCGCAGCCUCCUCCACCUGCCCAGGGCAGCCCACCUCACCGUGGCCGAGGCCGUGGCCGUGGCCGAGGCCGUGGUCGAGGCCGUGGCCGUGGCAGGGGGGGCGCUGGAGCUCCUCGGGCGCCCCUGCCCUGCCCCACCUGCGGCCGCCUCUUCCGCUUCCCCUACUACCUCUCCCGGCACCGGCUGAGCCACUCGGGGCUCCGGCCCCACGCCUGCCCGCUGUGCCCCAAGGCCUUCCGCCGGCCGGCCCACCUCUCCCGCCACCUGCGGGGCCACGGGCCCCAGCCCCCGCUGCGCUGUGCCGCCUGCCCCCGCACCUUCCCGGAGCCCGCCCAGCUCAGGCGCCACCUGGCUCAGGAGCACGCGGGCGGCGAGGUCGAGCUGGCCAUCGAGAGGGUGGCCAAGGAGGGGGCCGAGUCCAGCUGGGGCCCGCAGGACGAGGGCGCGGAGCAGCCCACCACUGCUGCGGCGGGGGCCGCGGAGGAGGAGGCGGCCACAGCGUGGCCUGAGACGUGGCCUGCGGGGGAGCCGGCCACGCUGGCUGCGCCCACCAGCACCGCGGAGCCCCGAGAGUCGGAGUCAGAGGAGGCCGAGGCCGGGGCCGCAGAGCUGAGGGCCGAGCUAGCGCUGGCGGCUGGGCGGCAGGAGGAGAAACAGGUGCUGCUCCAGGCGGACUGGACACUGCUGUGCCUGCGCUGCCGCGAGGCCUUCGCCACCAAGGGCGAGCUCAAGGCGCACCCGUGUCUGCGCCCCGAGGGCGAACAGGAGGGUGAAGGGGGGCCCCCGCCGCGCCCCAAGCGACACCAGUGCUCCAUCUGCCUCAAGGCCUUCGCCAGGCCCUGGUCCCUGUCGCGCCACCGGCUGGUCCAUUCCACCGACCGCCCUUUCGUGUGCCCAGACUGCGGCCUGGCCUUCCGCCUCGCCUCCUACCUCCGCCAGCACCGCCGCGUCCACGGCCCACUCAGCCUGCUGGCCCCGCUGCCCGCGGCGGGCAAGAAGGACGACAAGGCCUCGGGGGCACGGAACUCAGCGAAGGGGCCAGAGGGGAGCGAGGGGGCGGAGUGCGGGGGUGCCUCGGAAGGCGGAGGAGGCGGGCAGAACGGAGGCGACGCCGCCCAGGCCCGGCCCCCGGCCGGGGAGCCGCGCUUCUGGUGCCCGGAGUGCGGCAAAGGGUUCAGGCGCCGCGCGCACCUGCGGCAGCACGGGGUGACCCACUCGGGAGCGCGCCCCUUCCAGUGCGUGCGCUGCCAGCGGGAGUUCAAGCGCCUGGCCGACCUGGCGCGCCACGCACAGGUGCACGCGGGGGGCCCUGCCCCGCACCCCUGCCCGCGCUGCCCGCGCCGCUUCUCGCGCGCCUACAGCCUCCUGCGCCACCAGCGCUGCCACCGCGCAGAGCUGGAGAGGGCCGCCGCGCUGCAGGCACUGCAGGCCCAGGCCCCGCCGUCGCCGCCACCGCCGCCGUCUCUGAAGACCGAGCAGGAGGAAGAAGGGCUCCCACUGCCUCUCGCAAACAUUAAGGAAGAGCCGCCCUCUCCGGGGACCCCACCCCAGUCCCCGCCGGCUCCCCCUGUCUUUCUCAGCGCCUCCUGUUUCGACAGCCAAGACCACUCAGCCUUUGAGAUGGAGGAAGAAGAGGCAGACAGCAAGGCUCACCUGCGCGGGCUGGGGGGCCUGGCCUCCUGACCUCCGCUGUCCUGCCCUCUGCCACUCCGCCUGAGCUCCUGUUUGCAGAAUGGAGGAGGGAAGUUGAAGGAGCCGCCUCCUCUGUCCACCCACCUGUCCCCUUCACGCCCUUGACACUAAGGAGUAGGGGAGCCCGGACUGCCCCUCACUCCCCAUGGUCUGUCCCCAGAACCCCCGAUGCUGGUUAGGAACCGCUCACCCCAACAUGUGUCUUAAGUCAGGACGACUUGGGAAAAAAGGCGGCGGACAGUUGGCCAGAGGGAUGGAGACUGGUGGGGACGUCCCCGCCUGCCUGUCCCCCGUUACACACACUGGACACCAUCACCUCUUCGGAACUUCGAGACCCUGGGGGUUCCCAGUGAGCAAAGAUCUGUCCUGGUCCCUUUGUCUGUCUGUGAAUAAAUGUGAGUUCGUGAAAUCCGA